CUCAUGGGAGACCAACUUCGCCGACGGAUGGGUGAAAAUGAAACCUAACUACGAGAACAAAAAUGCAACAAAAAUAUUACAAAAACUAACGUUGCAACUUGGUUUAGGGCAAGAUCACGUGUGCCUAACACGUUUGUUAAGGAAAUUAUUUAUUACUCACCAAACAUUCUCUCCAGUCACUUCGCAUUACCACUUUAAAAAAUAAUAUGUUAUUGUACUUAGUAAAAAACAUAGCCUUCUAAUCCUAGUGCAUGUACUGUUACAGCUCCAACCUCACCAUGUUUCCGCAAGCACUUCUUCUGCUCCUCCUCCUUCAUUGUUGUCACAUCGUUGCUUCAUCAUCCAUCAUCAACACCCUACCGGGUUUUUCCGGCGACCUCCCCUUCAAACUUGAAACCGGGUACGUUGGGGUGGGCAAUUUGGAUGAUAUUCAGUUGUUUUAUUUCUUCAUCGAGUCGGAGAGAAGUCCCAAGGAAGAUCCUUUACUGCUUUGGCUCAGCGGAGGUCCUGGUUGCUCUUCUUUUACUGCCAUGGUAUACGACAGUAUAGGUCCAUUAAUUUUCAACUACGCAAAUUCUAGUGGGAACGAACCAACAUUUUUGUUGAAUCCAUACGCAUGGACAAAGAUUGCCAACGUAAUAUUUUUGGAUCAACCUGUUGGUACUGGAUAUUCCUAUGCAAAAAGUUGGGAAGAAUACCGGACCGGUGAUACAUUAUCAUGUACUCAGACCUAUGAAUUUCUAAGGAAGUGGCUUAAAGAUCACCCUCAAUUUCUGAAAAAUCCACUAUAUAUUGCUGGUGAUUCAUAUUCAGGCAUAACCGUUCCCAUCGUUGCUCAACAAGUAUCCAACGGUAACGAAGCUGGGCAUGAACCGCCAAUGAAUCUCAAAGGUUACGUGCUUGGCAACCCAUGGACAGAACCAACAUAUGACGUAAACUCACGAAUUCAGUAUGCUCAUCGCAUGGCACUUAUAUCCAAUGAACUCUAUGAGUCAACUAAAACAAAUUGCAAGGGAGAGUAUGUUCAAGUAGAUCCAAGCAAUGCACCUUGUGUGAAAAACCUCCAAGAAGUCAAUGAGUGCAUCCAAAAGAUAAAUCUUGCACAAAUCUUGGAGCCAAAGUGUAGUACUCUGUCUCCAAAACCAAAAAGAUUCAAAUGGGAUCAGAACUUUGCUGAAGAGGACUUGUUAGAUGUGCUGCAUUAUUCUACGAAAUCAUGGUGUCGUAGUUAUAACUAUAUCUUCUGCUUCAUUUGGGCUAAUGACAAAACUGUCCAAAAUGCUCUAAACGUUCGAGAGGGAACAAUAAAGGGUUGGGAGAGAUGCAAUCAGAGUUUAUUUAGCAAUUAUGUAUAUGAUGUUAGAACUAGUAUCGACUAUCAUCGAAAUCUCACCAAGAAAAACCUUAGAGCACUGGUUUACAGUGGUGAUCAUGACAUGAUUAUUCCAUAUGUGGGCACUCGAGAAUGGAUAAAAUCUCUAAAUUUGAGUGUUGAUUACCAAUGGAGACCAUGGUUUGUUAAUGGCCAAGUUGCAGGGUACACCAAUGCAUAUACACUGAAAGCGUACAGUUUGACAUUUGUUACUGUAAAGGGAGGUGGCCACUCAGCUCCAGAAUACAAGCCUAUGGAAUGUCUUGCCAUGGUUGAUAGGUGGUUUGCAUAUUACUACGUUUAAUUAGCUCAUUCAUUCCAAUACUUUUGUGCCCCAAAGUCUUGGAUGUUGCUAGCUGGUACUGCUUUGGUGAAUAAAUUUCCAAGAAUAUUGUCAAUUCGAUAUGUAACUGUGAAUGUCACUUUUGUGUAACACAUAUUGUUCUUGAUGUAUAGUAUUUAGUACGACGGACAAUCGAGCAAAUUUUUAGUAUAAUCUUUAGUGCAAUUUUUUUGUAUUAUAUUAUAUAUAUAUGUCACACAAUAUAAUUUUUUUUUAGCAAUUUGCCACCCAAACUUCACUUUUGGGACGUCAGGACAUUAUGGUUC